AUGCCAACUAAACUCAGACCCUCCAAGAACCAUCGAGUUAUCAAAAAUCUAUCGGUCUUCUUAGAUACAUUUCUGACAACUAGAUUAGCUAAAUUAGGAUUCCGAUAUUUUAAAUCUCGAAUGGGACAACAGGACUUCUGUACACAACUUUGUGGAGAUAAAGACCAGAACCUUUAUGAAGAGAUGAAACUUCCCAAUGGCAUGCGAGUAGUACUAAUUAGUAACCCAACUGCAACCAUGGCAGCUGCAACUCUCUCAGUAGGCGCCGGCUCAGCCAAUGAUCCUACUGAACAUCCCGGUUUAGCCCAUCUUCUAGAGCACAUGCUCUUUAUGGGUAGUGACAAGUACCCAGAAGAAGACUACUACGCCAACUUCAUUGCCAGUAAUGGUGGUGUCCGUAAUGCAUACACCGCUCUUUUUGAAACCAACUAUUUCCAUCUUCUUCCAGUUCAGCAUGGCAAAGAAGCCCUCUCUAUUCUCAGUCGAUUCUUCAUUGAUCCACAGAUUAGUGAGAAUGCCUUAGAACGAGAAAAGAAGGCCGUUGAUAGUGAGAUGAAAAUGAAUCUUCCCAAUAAUGCCAGCCGCCGCAUUAUUCUAAUGAGUAAUUUCAUCAAAAAGACCCAUCCUAUGUCCAAGUUCAAUAUUGGUUCAGAAAAGACUCUAGCUAAGACAACUCGAGCUGAUUUAAUGAGCUUCUGGAAGUACCAUUAUACUCCCCAGAAUAUGACUCUGGUCAUUUUCGGCAAGGAGAGUCUGGAGGAGUUGAAAGGGUAUGCUACUGAGUUCUUUAGUGACGUCAAGGCCUACAAAGACGCUAAGUGGGAGUUUUCAGGUGAGCCUACUCAUAUUGAACCUGCCACUAAACGAGACCGUGCUGAUAAGUCCUAUGAUAUUGGCACCGAGGAGACUAAAAACAAGAUUGUCUACUACCGGCCGUACAAAGAGGAGAAGUCUAAUACUCAACUUACUAUCCAUGUCUUUUUACCAGCCCUACGAUUUGCAUACCAGGAACAAACUCUGAACUUUUUGAUCAAAAUGUUAGAGAAUGGCAGUUCUGAAGGUCUCAAUGCCAUUCUUUUGAAAAACAACAUCAUAUCUUCCAAUACUAUAUUUGCCCAAAUGGAAAGAGAUCUGACUCAUUUUAUUGUUCAUUAUACUUUAGUUGAUGCUACUCCCGAGAAGAUUGCCAGUCUCUUAAACUUAAUCGAAACUUACCUUAACAUGAUCAAAGACCAUGCCACUGAUAAUCUCUACCAGAAACACGCUAACCUCAUGGAAAAGAAAAAGCAGCGUAUUGCUCCAAGUGACCAGUUAACAACUACCUUACAGGUAGCCACUAACUUAUGCUACCGCCAACUCAAAGACAUUUUCACUGGUGAUUAUGAUUGGGUUAGUUUUAACAAAGAAGAUUUUGAUUACAUACUUAGUAUUAUGACCAAUCGGUCUAACUGGCUAGUUAUGGUUGAAACUAACGAUCUCUUCCCGGAAACCCCUCUCCUAUCCGAUCCUCAUUUUGAAGUCAAGUACUUCCUUACCGAUGUCUCUAAAACAACCGAUGCCGAUAUUGAUGCACUCCAAACCAAACUGGCCUGGAUUAGUACCGAUACAAAAGAAGAAAUAGACUUCACUACCGCCCGCAACCAAAACAUUGCCUAUCCCCUUGGAUCAUCUUUCAAGAAUAUCAAAGAGUACGUCAUUCCUGCCGACAAAGAGUUUGAACACUUUGCCAUUACCGAAGAUGGAUUCGAAGCCCACUUAAUCCACAAACAAGAUAUUCAUUCUAAAGACGUCUACCUUAUUCUCUGUUUAGGAUGUAAUGAUAUCUAUCAGACCAUCAAUACUUUCGUUUCUUUCUCAGGAUAUGCAGUCGCCUUCUUGAACAACUUCCUACUUACUCAUAAAGAGGAAAUGCAAACCUCAGGCGUAUCUCUUGAUUAUAUUGUGGAAGGAUCAGGAGCAGUUUCAGUCUCAUUCAGUGGUAACCCACUUGUACUGGAAGAUCUCAUUACUAUCUUCUUCCAAGAAUUCAGUACCCAGAAAGAAGAACUACUUACUCAAACCAUCAAUGCCGCCCUUGCCAAGUACGAUGCCCAGAAACAAACAAUUCCCGCUAGUAAAGCUAUCCUAGGCCUAGCCAAAGCCAAAAACUACUACAAGUACUUAGAUGAUGAUGCAUGCCUUCAAGCCGCCCAAAACCUAACUAUUCAGACCUUCUUCUCCCUCACUGAAGCCGACAUUAAGCUUUAUACUAUCGGCAAUCUUACGCAAUCAGAAUUCACCCGCAUUUGCCAGCUAAUCAAAACCCAAAUCAUACCCAAUCCCGAAAAGAAGUUCAUCUUAACCCCACCUUUCCUAACCCACGUCAAUGUAUCCGUCCAAGACCAAACCAACAUCGCCCUCCUGGUUUCCCAUGAAGUAACUCAGUUCACUCCCAUUAAAAACCUCAUUAUCGCCGACUUAAUCUCCCAAGCCCUCUCCACUAAGUUCUUUGAUGAACUCCGGACCAAAAAGUCCUACGGCUACAUAGUGCAGAUGGCAUCUACUCCCUUCUUCUCCCAAGCUCAAAUCAACUGGCUAGUACAAACCACCUACCCCUAUGAAACAAUCAAAACCGCCGUCAUCGAAUUUAUUGCUAGUAUAUCCUCUACCAUCCAACAACUCACCCCUUCCCAAUUCUCCACCAUCCAGCACUCACUAAUCAACCUCUACCAACACAAAGCCAGCAAUCCCCAGGAGUACUUCAACCAACGCCUUAACUUCUGGCGUUUCCACCACUUCAGCAUCAACUAUACCGAUCAACUAGUCCAACUCACGGCCGCCAUCACCCAAGAGGACCUGGUCAACUACUGCGCCAACGAGCUUUCCCAGAACAUCACCACCGUACUUGCCGACCACCAAGUAACCACUACACCUUAA